GAGACGUGUGCCCUCGUCCUACCUUGGCAGCAGCAGCAGCAGCAGCAGCAGGCACCAGCCAAACUACAAAAGCUCGAAAACCCCCACGCGAAAACCUUCAUCCAGCAGGUCCAACCUCAGCGAGACAUCAACUGGGGUUAUCUCGUCUUCUUCGAACUCCUUCUCCUCGAGCUCUCGUUUCCACAUGGUCAGCUGCUUCGACCUUUUCUCCCCAAGAGCUACAUCUCCUAGACCCCUCGCCCGCUCCGACCAUCGUUCGUUCUCCACGACACCGCCUCUUCUUUUCGGCCGACCACACCCGUAUCCGUAUACCUACCUGUUUUGCUAGCUUUCGCCAUCGCUAGAACCAUACUUUUAUCUCUUGGUCGGCAUUUGAACCGCCAUCAUGACGACCGACAAGCUUGAACCUGCCCCUCCCGACGCCGGCAUGCCUAUGCCGAGCUCGGACGCCGGGAUCACCAAGAAGCCCAUCGAAGCCCAUCCAGCCGGUCGAGUUAGGCAUGGCCGCUGGAUGCAGAUACUCCGCGGCCUGGCUUUGUCGGUCUACUUGAACACAUGUGUUGUCAUUAUUUUUGCAACACAAGUCCUCGGUGCUCCUCUCUACUGGAUCAACCGCGAGAUGUUCUACGCCUAUAUUGCCCUGACGAAGCAGUCCUUUGCGCUGACCAUCAUCACCAUGACCCAGUGGUGGGGGCCGACCACGGUCCGUAUCAGCGGGGAUGCCUCAGUGGCCGGCCAGAUAACGAAGACGCCGGACGGCCUCGUGCAAUUUAAUUUCCCCGAGCGCAUGGUCAUGAUUGCCAACCACCAGAUCUACACCGACUGGGUAUACCUCUGGUGGGCAGGCUAUGCAAACUCACCUUCGAUGCACGGGCACAUCUACAUCAUUCUCAAGGAAUCGCUCAAGUACAUCCCCGUCGUGGGCUGGGGGAUGAUGUUCUACGGCUUCAUUUUCAUGUCGCGCAAGAUGGCCACGGACCAGCCACGACUGGCGUAUCGGCUGAACAAGCUGAAGAUCCCCCGUACCGGCGCGCACGGGAAGAAGUAUCUCGACCCCGUGUGGUUACUACUCUUCCCCGAGGGCACCAACCUGUCAGGUAACGGCCGUCGCAAGUCGGCUGCCUGGGCAGCCAAGUCGGGACUCCGCGACCCGGAGCACGUCAUGCUUCCGCGGAGCACAGGCAUCUACUUUUGCCUUCGGGAAUUGAAGGGCACCAUGGAUUAUAUCUACGACUGCACCGUGGCCUAUGAAGGCAUCCCGCGCGGUAAAUAUGGCGAACAGUACUUCACCCUGUCCAGCACGUAUUUCCAGGGGAGGCCCCCCAAGUCGGUCAACUUCCACUGGCGGAGGUUCCGGAUGGACGAGAUCCCGCUGGAGGACCAGGCCGAGUUCGACGCCUGGCUCCGCGAGCGGUGGUACGAGAAGGAUGCGCUGAUGGAGACGUACAUGUCGACGGGCCGGUUCCCGCCGCUGGAGAACGACAAGGCGGCGGCGGCGGACUACAUCGAGACGGAGGUGCGCACGAAGCACUGGUUCGAGUUUACGCAGAUUUUCGUGGUGAUCGCGGCGUUUGGUCUCAUUGUGCGGUCGGUGUUGAACGCUUGGUCUAAAUUCUGGGUGUGAAGGGUGGUGGGUCACUGUCGUCUCGGAAGAAGGGUGUGGGUUUGACUCCGUUUGUGUUAUGGUACGGAGAGCAUGGCGUCGCGAUUCCUCUUCAUUUUUUUUUUUUUUUUUUUUUUU